AUGAAAGAACGAAAAAAUUCCAUGAGAUGCCGCAAGUGUUGCCAAAAAAUUUGUAAGUUGUUCGAUUAUGAGAUAUAUCAUAACAUGUGUUUUAGGGGAUCUGAACAAAAAUAUUUGGCCGGUAGUUGGUGAUUGCGGCCAUUCCGUCUGCUCGCAUUGUUACAGCAAAAUGUACACGUUAGUUCUUUUUUUUUUCAAAGUGCGACGUAUAAAUGAAAAUUCAAUUUUCUCGCGUUUCAUAGGUAUCAAAAGAUGCGUCCCCAACCCUGUAAAAAACUUUCUAAGGGAACGUUUGAGAAAAAUCAGCUUUCAAAAGUUAGGAUGAAUUUUUUAAUACCAAUUGAAGCUCAUUUAUUGGUUGCUUUUAAUGACUUUAGUUGGUUGAAUCUGAAAAAAAAACAUCAGUUUUCAUCGUUAACAAUCUUCCAUUAUCUUUCGAAAAAAUUAAAGUUCAAUUAUUCUUACUGUAGAGAGGCACGCAAUGCUGUAGCUUUUCGAAGAAUUCUAUCCUCAGACCCCCCUUGAAAGAACUUUCUCCCCACCCUACGGAAGCUGAAUAUAAACAAAAUCCAAAACAAAAGAGCGCGCGCGCGCGCAAAAAAAGAGAAAAAGCGUGCCGCUGGUCUGCCUGACAUGUAGGCAGUGUAUGAGAAAAUGAGAAGGACGUAGAUUCCCUAAGUUGAAACUCUACAGAUGUGAGUUUUUCUUUACUCUGGAAAAGAAGUUACGAUUACGGUAGACCCUAAAGGCCGGAGAAGUCUUUUAAACACGGCCCUUGGCAGUAUAUCGAUUUCUUGUCGUCGAUUCUUUUUUCUCUCUCUUUUGGCGGGAGGCUAAAGACGCAGACCGCGUGGCUCUGGCCGUCUGCCAAAGACUCCCGACUAGCGCGCGCAACUUCCAUGGCAUGGAAACACCGUCAAGUGGACACUUGAGUAGCAGAGAGCACUAUUGCUUUGAGGCUGAUCGGAAGUUCUCCCAUAGAGAUUAGAAGUUUAGAACCUAGGGUGGGGCAUGCGAGUAGAAAACUCUAUAAGAAGAAUGACAAGUAAAAACACGAACAAAACAUUUUAAAAAUGUUUAUACUGAAAACAAGGAAUCCACAGAAAAGUUUCGAAAAGAGGAUUAAAAACUGCUUUGGGUAAACGUUGACUCAUAUUCGGCUUUGAUGCUACUAAAAUAAAUGUUCAAGAGUUAUUCACGAAAAAAGCGAAGGUUAUUGAAGCCUACUUUGAGGUCUCUGGAUAGUAAACAUCGAAAUUCUCCAAUGAUUAAAAAAUCAUCUUUACACGUCUGGGAGCUUAUCUAUAUGUAAUUUAGUCUGAGUGCAUGUAGCUGAAAUCCAGGAUUUGAAAAAUUAUCAAAAUUGUGCGUUGAAUACGCGGCUUAUCCGGAAAUUGUAAGCCUAGAUUAGUGAUUGAGUUAAAAAAAUUUAAAAAAAUUGUUAAAUAUAAGAGGCAUGAGAGCGAUCCUAUAUGAUCUCACAAACAAUGUUCCGGUUUAUGUAAGCUUUGUCAGUGGUUUUUUUUCUUGAUUCGCGUGAGUUCCAUUGACCUAAAAAUGGAUGUUGCAAAAUGUGGAACGACUAUCGAAGAACGAAAGUCAUUCAUCAAGCGCAAGAGAUCUCGAUUUUUUCUCAUCAUCGUUAGAUGGUUUCGAGAUGAAAAGAAAAUCCUUGAGAUUUUUCGUGAAAUUUACAAACUUCAAAAGGCUUCUCUAGCAACGAGCACAUGUUUUGUUUUGCCAAGAAUAAGUCGAAAAAUAAGGUUUUUUAUAGCAAUUUUUUUAGUUUCAUAUACUUUUUAGAACCGAAGAUCAUCGAUGUAGCGAGUGUGAGACAUUGUCGUUUUUCGGGGCAGUGAAAAAUCAUUUGGCUUGUGGUUCGUUAAAAAGGAAAAUAUUGAAAAUGUCUUCAAGGGAAAGUUUUCAGAGCUUUUCGCUUCGAAGUUCGAUAAACCGAAAAACUUGGAGAAUUAUGGUGAGUUGGCGAAACUUGUGAAAUAUCACAUAGACUUUCAGUUUUAAAAGUAAUUCACAUUUUUCAGACGUUUCGCAAGCAACCCAUGCCCAUUUGCUCAGAGAAAAAUCAUCAAUAAACGUUAAUUUUAUUGAUAAAAAUUUUUUUUAAUAGAAAUGUUUUCAGAAUAUCAUGCCUCUGGCGUUUGACAAAUGUAAUAACUGUGCCGAGUUUGUACCGCACUCGCAGUUGUUCUUCUGUAGUUUUUCCGAAUGCGACGAAUUGCUGAGUAACUCGCCGAAUGUCUCCGAUCCUAAAGUGAGUGAGAAAGAAGAAUAAAUUAAUGAAAAAAAGGUCGAAACGAUCGUGGCUUCUGCGCUCUAUGGUAUAUUUUCAUGGUUUUAUCUUGGAACACCAAUUUUCACUUGAUGUCGCUGCUAUUUCAUAGGCGAAGUCAGAAAGGGUGAAAAAACUUCAUAGAAAUUUUCCUUUUAGGGUAAAAACGGUUCCUUUUUUGAUGCAUUUUCGUGCCAAUUUAUCGGCUCUUAUGCACCAUUUGUGCUGUUUCUCCUUUUUCCACAAUUUCUUGAGUCUUUACAGUCCCAGAAAAAAUGGUAGGCUCGAUAAUAGGACUUUUUUUUCUGCCAUUUUGCGGCUUUUUUUUUGAGCCUUUCCCUUUUAGUGACCAUUAUCCACAAUUGCCCUAGUUCCUUCCUAAUAAUUAGCGCAUCAAUUUUUCACACUUUGCUUCUUCCAGGAACUUUUGAAAUUCGCAAUUUGUGGAGCUUGCGUCUAUUCCCACCAUGCAAUCCAUUCCACAUUUGUUCGUGGCGCUCUGCGCGUUUCGGUGAGUUUUGAGUAAAAAUAAUGCAAAGGACUACAAUCAUUUAAUUUUGUGUCAUUAAAGAUCGAUUUUGCUGCACCAAAUCGAGCACAGGAGCUUUUCGAAGAGAUCGAAAAGUACCAUCGUAAAAUGUCAAAGGCUGAGCCGUUGCUAUCGGCUUCACAAUUGCAAAAUCUCAACUUGCCGAUGGUUUCUUUUUAAAGUAACGGAGAUUAAAAUGAAAAUAUAGGUUAGCGCUGAACAGCUGAGCAAAUUCUUGUCAUCUUCGACAAAUAUUGAAGACUUUGAGACCAACAGUAACCGAGUAAGUUCAAACUUUUUUACGGAAAAGUCUUUAUUUUUCUAGGUUCGAAUUUCCAUCGGAAAUUCCGAAAAAAGGCUUGAUGAUUUCAUCGCUUCCACUGCUGAUUUUGUAAACUCGACAAAGGUUUGAAACUGUGAAAUAACGAACAUUUAAGGCAUAGGGGCAGUAAAAAACGGGGUUUCACGUGAAAGCAUUAUCUUAUAUAGUUUUUCUUUGCGAAUCGAACGGUGUAUUCAGAAAAAUUACAGAUGUGACUAAUUUCAAAGAAAAACGCGAUUUUACUUUCCCGCCUUUGAUUUUGAAAAAUGCUUUGGAUCGACGUACGGACAGCUGUUUACAGUAGCUAUGCACUCGAUGUUGCGGACGUCUAGUUAGACUCGCAUUUUGUGAAAAAUAACCGGAUAUCUGCUUCAAAUUAAGGGUUUCUUCUCUGAAAAAUCAUUCAGUGAAACAAAAAACACACCGUUAAUGAAGGAAACACAAAAUAUCGCAAUCCUAAUCGAAACCUGUGUAAAGUCAUCAUUUUUCACCAGAGAAGCUUUUUUGCGAUUAAAGUUUGCAAACUAUACAUGAAUAGAAAGUUUGACAAAAAGAACUUUGGUGACAACAGAAAAAUUGAAAUUUGAAAGAAACGAAGAAAAAGCAAAAGUCCGAAAAAUGGCGAAGGGUGUUGUCCAUAGAGCAACUUUACUGCAAAGUGCCCUUUUCGCGGGAACUCAAGCUUUCCUUUCUCCGACUUUGAACUAUUUUUUCUCCAAAACUAGUAAGUUUAGUACAUUUCCAAGUCGAUUCGAUUCGCAAUGAAAAGCUCUACAAAAUACUGCUUUGUACUGAAACACCGCUUUUUGCUGCCCCUAUGCUUUCAAAUCAGAGAUUUUUUCCGAGGUUUUCUGAAACUGAACUUUCUCUUUUUUUCUGGAAGCUAGAGGAAGGAAAUAGUUUUUCAGAAAGAUUUCGAUAAACUUCUCGACUUUUUCGAGAACGAUACAGUCCCCUCGACGUCUCCUCGCUAUGUUUCCCGCGAUUCAAACACUUCUUCGUAAUCUUUGUGCUUUUUUCACUUACUAAUCUUUUUUAUAAGGACAAAAGAAGGCGACACUAACAAAGUUCACGAGGAAAUUGAAGUCACCGGACAGGUGGACUUGUCGCCGAACGAACUGUGGAUAAAUGAGUUGGUUUCAACUUGAUUAGGGGCGCAAAGUUAAGGACGGUCCGUUUUCUUUAGUUUCAGGUCUUGCUACUACAAAACCGGUUCAUUUUCUUUUACAACUUUAGUGGUGUCCUAAAGUACCUAUAUAUACCGAAUUUAAUGAAAUUCUCAACCUAGGGACCGCAGACGAAUUUUCAAAAAAUUUUUUUCAGCAUUGAGCUUUGUAUGGUUUGAUAGCUGUUUUGAUUCAAAACUCAGAACCGUUUAGUUUUUCGAAAAAGAUUGCGGAUGAAAAAAGUUAUGACGAAAAAUGUGGCGCGCCGCGCACCAUUUUUUUAGUACUGAAAUUUUGGUAUUAUCCAUUUUUGACAUUUUUCUCGAUUUUUCUUCUAGAACAAGUUUUGAUACUGGACUAUUAUGAUGUAACAAAUCAUAAUAGAGUGCUAAAAUGAUGCUCAUCAGCUAGUUUGCCGAAAAAGUCGGUAUUUUCCAGAAAACAAAAAACUGACGCUUGCGGGCAUCGAACUCGCAACCUCAAAAUGAAAAAUCGCAGCGCACGCGCUGCGCCAAGCUGUUAGGUCUAGCGAGGGGAGCUUCCAUCCGCCAUAUCCUUGAGCCGUUUGAAUAGCACAGAUUGCCUAUUUCAAAAAUAAAAACUUGAAGUAAUUCAGCUAUUUUUAUCAGAAUAUGUUCGCAAAUCUUUACUCAAACUUUCCGUGAAUAUUCACUUCGAAAAAACUGUUUUUUUAGUGCUUUUUUCCUCGUUUAACGAUCGCUGCCUUAAAACGGCCCCGUAAAUUUUUUUGGCAAAGACGAAUUUUUUAUUUUAUUCUUUUAAUUGAAAGAUUUUUUUCAUUAAUAAAUGUAUAUUAUCGUUUAAAAAAAACGUGCGUUCGACCGCUUUUCUGUAUGAUAAACGCCGCUAAUUUUAUUCUCUAGUUUCAAGAGCAUUUUUGCGUAUUAAACAACUUUUUCAAGCACAUAUUCUGUGGAGAAAUAUUUAAGUAAGCCCCUGGUCUAAAUUUUGAAAAAAACAAAAACUCGAUUAUAUUCGCAUAUUAACGAUAUUUUGAAUUACGACUUUCGGCACUCCCUAAAAUUUUUGGCAAAGACGAAUUUUUUAUUUUAUUGUUUUAAAAUUACCGUUACUUGAAUCAAAAUCAUUAUUUAAAAAAAGAAAGAGUGCGUUCGACCUGAAAACACAUAAAAAAGCAAAAAAUGACAAAAAUUUUUAGUUCCAUUCACGUUUUUGUACGACAUUCCGCGAGAACGCAUCAAAAAAGCGUGAAAUAUUUUUUUAAACGAAAGAGGAAGCUUUUCUGUACAUGAGUGUCAAAAUUUAUUAUCCAGUUCCACAUAUUUUGCAACUACAACAAAAUGAAAGUUGAAAACCAAAAAAAAGCCACUUUUUCUAUCGCGAAAAGGGGCGUGGCUUUGCGGUCCCUAUCUCAACCCAACACCUUUUGCACUCCCCGUGUUAGCUAUGGAGCACAAAAAUGACUACUUUUCUUGUCUUUUCCAGUUGCAAUCUGAAGAUGGAAAUUCUGACAGCGCGAGAUCGCGUGACUCCGCCUGGGUCAGUCGGUUUCGAUGCGUUGACGCUGGACCUGACGCUGUUUCUUCGGAGAGUCUACGUCCAACUGAGCAGCAUCACGAGCGAUUGCGAUUACGUCAAAGUCGCCCAGACGGCCUACUUUUUGCGAAUGUCGCAGGCCCAACAGAAAUGUGUCACUGAAAAGUAUAACAAGAAUUGGCCUCUGCUGUGGGCCCAAUAA